AUGGAAUUUGCAAAGAAAGGUCGUGUAGAGUUGCGAACCGAAGAAUGGCUUCAAAAACCUUCCUAUUUCUCUGUAACUUACAGUCAGUUACACACGGCACUUUUCGGUAAUCAAGCUCAAAAUAUUUACAAACAAUGGACAAAUAAUUAUGCUAAAAAAGCUGAUCAUACCUAUGGAUUUUCAGGACUUACAUCAGAAUAUUUUUCAACAUUAAUCAACAAUGUCAAUUUAUCUAUUCCACUACAUUUUAUUGUUGAAGUUGGCAGCUUUAUGGGUAAAUCAACGACUACUAUGGCACAGCUAUUGAAAAUGGACAAGAAAUACGAAAAUUGUACACGGUGGCCGUCCAACUGUCUACAACAAUUCGUUGCAAAUAUUGUUGAUAUGAAAUUAACUGAAAUGAUUUUACCAUUUUCUACAACAUCAAUCUUAGGCGCACGUUUUCUACAACAACACAAAUUUUUCCCACAAUUAAUUUAUUUGGAUAGUGCACAUCUGCCAGGUGAAACACUUGUUGAAUUAGAAUUAUAUUGGCAGCUGCUACAACCUGGAGGAAUUCUAUUUGGAGAUGAUUGGGGAUGGGAUAGUGUACGAUGUGAUGUUCUGAGAUUUAUUGAUACUAACCGACUGAAAAUUGCUGUAAAACAAAAUUCAUGGAGUAUACAGAAACCUAUACUAGGUUGA